AUACAUCCAGUACAGCAGGCGGCGGUAAGUUCGAAAUGUAGCUACCAAAAAUCACAUUACACAUGUGCGCAUGCGCUAAUGUAAACACGCAUCCCGUAAAGUCAAGUGAAGCAAAAGCAACCGAAAACCAACUACUGUUACCCGUUAAAAGUGAAAAGAGACUCUCAUUUUAUUUUUUUAAGAAACCGAGAUGACCUGAUGUUACUAACAUAAUGGCAACUCCAGCAAUUCGGAUGUUUCGGAAGAUAGAGGGUCUGUUUUGUGUGUACAAACCCUCUGGUGUCCACUGGAAACUAGUACGUGAUGGCAUCGAGACAAAGCUUCUUAAAGGUUUAAGUGAUACACCGUCUCUGCCAAUUCCUAAAGAGGUCCGCUUCUUGGCACACCCAGUCAGUGAGACUGAAACAUCCAAGGAACUCACACUGUCUGCAGUCUCUUUGCCAGUACUGUCCAAGCAUCCUCUGGUGACUGGUCCUGAAUUCCAGCAUAUCAAAGUUGGAGUAGGACAUCGCCUGGAUGCAUUCUCUUCUGGUGUUAUGGUCCUUGCUGUUGGGAAUGGAAACAAGGCCCUGCAUGAUCUCUACGCGACACAAGUCACAAGGGAUUACACUUUGGACGGGGAGUUUGGGACUGCAACCGAUGAUUUCUCUCACACAGGCAGAGUUGUGGAAAGAUCCACCUACGGUCACAUCACACAGGAUAAGCUGGAUAGAGUCUUGGCGAUGCUGCAGGGAGCCAAUCAAAAGGCCUUGUUAAUGUAUUCCAACGUAGACAUGCGCUCACAAGAAGCCUAUGAGUUGGCAGUGCAAGGUCUACUGGGUCCAGAGGGGAAAUCGCUGCCUAUUCUGACGGGCUUGCGUUGCGUUCACUUCCAGCCGCCCAACUUCACUUUAGAGGUGCAGUGUCUAAAUGAAACCCAGAAAUAUUUGCGCAAAAUUGUGCAUGAGAUAGGACUCGAGCUGCGCAGCACAGCAUCAUGUAAAGGAGUUCGACGCACCAGAGACGGCCCCUUCACCCUGCAGGAUGCCCUGACCCGUAACCACUGGACGGCUUCUGAUGUUUUACAGGCCAUCAAACAAUACCACACCUCUAAAGAAAAUCUAAAAUAUUCCCACAGACAGAUCAUGGACCCAGCAUUACAACCACCAGAAGAGAGUACGACAGUCAACAUGAAACCAGCGAGGAAGCAGCAGUGGGGACAAUAAAAUAACUUGUUGCUGUGAGCAGCUGUUAAUGUAGGUCACAGAACUGCUCGACUGUGACUCUCUGAGCCUGAACUUCUGUUGGAAAAGAGACGUGAAAGACCACAGAUCCUGGUUCCUAAAAGAGAAGACCACUCAGUACAGUAUGCUUUUGUUUAAUAUGCAAACUGCUCUCCAUCUAAAGAGACACUUGCUGUAUCUCACAUAUGAAUGGUCCAAUGUUUUCACCUUUGUUAAAUGUUGUGCAGGUAAACUGAAUUUAUUUGUUUUAUGUUAAUCAUGAAAUAAAUUGAAACCUAAUCUUUCCAACAUU